UGAGGAGGUCCCCUCCCCUCCAGCAGAAGCAAUGCAAUUGAGAGUUUACCUUCUGUCUCUGCCAAGCGAACUUCUACAGAAUAACCAAUCAUCCAACAGACACACGCCCGCACGCAUGCAAGCGCGCACACACGCACAGAGGGUGCAGCAAGAGUUCAAGACCGCUAAAGUGUGGGUUUAACUACAAUCAAGGGGACUGGAAAAUAUCUGGGAUAAGCUUUCACCUUAUCCGUCUACUUUUCUUUUGUUCGGGACGAGGUUGCGUAUUAGUGCGUUAGUUUUGACGAGCGUGACGCUGUUGUCGUAGGCACGUGUUGCGCGUGUGAGGAAACAAUUUGAAAGCGCAGGUUUGCAGAAAAGGACAGAGCAAAAGCAGAACAAGACCACUCCACACACCAUGAAGAAAAAGGACUUGAGUAAUCAGAGUCUGAGUGAAGCUGGGAGACUCUACUGCAUGUCUGGCAGUAAUUAUUAUGGCGAAUGGAAGAGGAUUAAGGUACUAUCUCAUCCAGCGGUCCAUUUGGUGGGAUUGUUAUUGUUGGCCAACCUCCCCUUUGGAGCAAACAUCAAACAGAGUGUACCCAGAGUGAAACUUAGCCACAGAGAACUGGUCCAAGCUGGCAGUGUCUCUCUGUUUUUGGGCCCCUCAGAUGGCCUUCACUCCCACUCUCUGCUGUUGGAUGAGGAGAGAGGUCAUCUGCUGUUGGGUGCUAGGGAUCACAUCUAUCUGUUUGACCUCGACAAUUUGGCCAGAGCCCCCAGAAAGAUUCACUGGUCUGCUUCCCGGGACAGAGUUGAAACGUGCAAACUGGCUGGCAAAAAGGCAAAUUUGGAGUGUGCUAACUUUGUCAGGGUGCUCCACAACUACAAUCAAACACAUGUCUACGCGUGUGGGACAGGAGCCUUCCACCCCAGCUGUGCUUUCAUUGAAAUCACUGGGUGCAGAGAGGAUGGUGUGUUCCGAUUGCUGUCUAGUACAGUGGAGUCUGGCAGGUUGAAAUGUCCUUUUGAUCCCUUGCAACCAUUCGCUUCAGUCCUCACAGAUCAGUACCUGUAUGCGGGAACAUCUUCAGACUUUCUGGGCAAAGAUACAACUUUCACACGUUCUCUUGGCCCUCCACCUGAUCAGCACUACAUACGCACAGACAUUUCUGAAGACUACUGGAUCAAUGAGGCCAGGUUUAUAUCUGCUCAUCCCAUUGCAGACACUUACAACCCAGAUGACGAUAAAAUAUACUUUUUCUUCCGUGAGGUAUCAUGGGAGGGCAAUGACAAGACCAUCCUGUCCCGGGUGGCUCGUGUGUGUAAGAAUGAUGUGGGUGGGCUGAGAAGUUUGACCAAUAAGUGGACCACCUUCCUCAAAGCCAGGCUUGUGUGUUCUAUCCCAGGACGAGAUGGAGUUGACACACACUUUGAUGAGCUCCAGGACAUCUUUCUGCUUCCUACCAGAGAUGUCAAAAACCCCACAGUGUAUGCAAUCUUCACCACCUCCAGCUCCAUUUUUCGUGGCUCAGCAGUGUGUGUGUACAGUAUGGCAGAUAUAAGGGCUGUGUUUAAAGGACCUUAUGCUCACAAGGAGGGGCCUGACCACCGAUGGGUGGAAUAUGAAGGGAGGAUACCAUAUCCACGUCCUGGAAUGUGUCCCAGCAAGACAUAUGAUUCAAGGAUCAAAACCACCAAAGACUUCCCGGAUGAAGUGAUCAGUUUCAUUCGAUUCCACCCUCUGAUGUAUCACUCUGUCUACCCCGUGACUGGUCGGCCUGUGUUCACACGCGUUCACGUGGACUACGCCCUGACUCAGAUUGUGGUGGACAGAGUUUUAGCAGAGGAUGGACAGUAUGAAGUCAUGUUUCUGGGAACAGAUGCUGGCUCAAUUCUGAAGGUGGUGAGCAUCACUCAAGAGAACUGGUCAACAGAGGAAGUGGUGCUUGAAGAACUUCAAAUUUUCCAGGUUCCCACUCCCAUUCUCAGUAUGGAGAUGUCUUCUAAACAGCAACAGCUCUAUGUGGGUUCAAGUAAAGGAUUAGCUCAGGUUUCACUCAGCAGAUGUCAUCUAUAUGGCCAAGCCUGUGCUGAAUGCUGCCUGGCACGAGACCCUUACUGUGCCUGGGAUGGACAUACAUGCGCACGAUACAUCCCUGCAUCCAAGAGGCGAGCCAGGAGACAGGACAUCAAGCAUGGAGACCCUUCCAGUCAGUGCUGGGACAUAGAAGACAGUCUUGGUGGGGGACAGGUGGAGGAGAGGGUCCUCUAUGGAGUGCAGAGCAACUCAACCUUCCUUGAGUGUAUCCCCAAAUCUCAACAGUCUCAGAUCCAGUGGUACAUACAGAGACCUGGAUCUGAACGCAGGGAGGAGCUUAGGCUGGAUGAUCGUGUCAUUCAAACUGAUCGAGGUCUCCUGAUUCGUUCCCUCCAAGCCUCUGAUGUUGGUGUGUAUAUCUGCCUAGCUCGGGAGCACACACACUUCACCCACAAUCUUGUCCGUCUCACCUUGCAACUUGUUACACAUGGCCAGCUAGAAGGCAAGCCCAAGCCCUUUGAAGACUCCAUGGUUGAGCUACGACAUGGUGCAGAGUCUCGUCAGCGUUAUAAAGACUACAUGAGAGCAAUGAGCUCUCCCUUUACUGCUUUAGAGGAGUACUGUGAUUCAUUAUGGCUGGAGAAGAGGCCAUUAAGGGCACGGGGACGAGGCUUAGGAGCUGGCAAAUGGAAACACAUCCAGGAAAUGAAGAAGAACAGGAACAGGAGACAUCACAGACAGAGGGAAGAAGAGAGAGAAAGAAGGACGGUGGUGAGGACAGCAGAAAAGUGAGGGAUGAAGUCAAAGAAAUACAUCAUGAAGAAUCAGGAUUAGCGGUGUAUAUUCACCUACUGGGCAAUGAAGGAGACAUGAUACAGAACUGCAAAAUCGCAAUGACACAUCAGCCCAUGAGCAAGCAAAGUCGAACUCAGAGUUAAUGGAGCAUGAAAAACUAAUGCUAUGUUCACAUUACAGGCCUUAAUGCUCAGUUCCAUUUAUGUCAGAUCUGAUGUUUUUGUGUUGAUACUGUCGUUCACAUCCAUCUUUAUAAGGAGCAUAUAUCUGGCCUCACGUGUGUGUGUGUGUGACAGUGAAACUGUGCAAUCUUUUCAGAAAAUGCUCAAUUAUGAUGUGUUCCUUCUAGGUUGGUUUGAGUAGAAGUUUCUCCCUAAAUGUACAAGUUUAAAAUGUGCUUGUCUCUCCAGUGAACCCCGUUGCUGUUGUUGUUUUCCUUUACAUUUAUUUCCACAUGAACUGUGAUCUGAGUGUUCUGGCAUUGAUCAGAAAUUAAUUGGAUUUAAGACAACAUAUGCAAGUGGCCCAGAUCUGCAAUGAAAUUGGGUUGUUCAUGCAUCCAUGAAAAGAAGAGAUAUGAGUCACUUGGAGGAAAAUAAUCAAAUUUGGGCCACUUCAGCAGGUAAUGUGAACAUAGCCCAACACCAAAAUAGACAGAUCAAUAAUUCAAAAUAAUUCGGCUGUAUUUCAACAAGCAAUUGAAAGGAGUAUUGGUCUGAGGGCACGUGGUGUCUUAAUGGGUCAACUACAGUAUGUAAGAAAAUUUCAAAUGUUUCAGAGGAAAAAUUCUGUUUAGUGAUUUUCUCUGAAUCUUCCAUUUAAUUAUCCAGAACUCUAGAAGUAAAGUACAAAAUUCUUAUUAUUAUUUCCAAGAAAACAAAGUGUCUUCCCAAACCGAUGGUCAGAGGUGAUCAUUUCAUGAUGUGGAAAUAUGGUGGAAUAGGUAAAUAAAAAGAGAAGAAAGAAAGAAGUAGUUUGCUCAUGGCAAUGAAAGCGCAUGUUGAAUAACUGUAAAUAUUUAUAUAACAUGUACAGGAGAUAGAAUAUGCUCUGUUUAGUCUUAUUAUUGAUCUGUAUAACUAUAAUAAUAAUCAUGUGUUAUGUUUGGGCUGAAAACCAUAUUUUUGUACAAAUGUUUCACACAUGUAUUGUACUGUAGGAUCCAGUAGAUGUUUUCAUUAUUGCUGUUAUUGAGGUAUUUAAAUAAAUUUGUC